AUGGCAUUUCUCCAAAAUAUCAAAUGUUUGUGUGAUUGUGGUAACACUUUGAUGGACGCUUAUGAUAAGUGUUCAAAAUUGUGUUCUGUUUGUGGAUGUGAUGAAUACCUUGAAAAAAUGAAAAAAGAAAAAGAAGAACACAAGUCCGAAGAGAAAAACACAGACAAAGACCCACUUUUAGGCUCCCCAGAAGUUCAACAACAAAUGUUACAAAAUCAAAUGCUUUAUCAAAACCAAAUUCCUUCACCUAAUACUUACUCACAAUAUAAUAAUUUGCCAACACAACAAAUGAACACUCCAAUGGCUUAUCCACCUUAUGAUCAACAAUUGGACCAAAUGCAAUAUCAACAACAAUGUUUGAUGCAACAAAUGAAUUACCAACAAAGUGUUGGCUUAAUGCCCACCUCUCAGAGCCAACAAGUACAACAAGAACAGGCUGUUCAAGAAUUGGUCGCUUCUCAUGAUAAAACAAUCAAUCAAGAAAUUCCAACACCAACACAAUAA